AUGACUUUGAGUGAAGGUGUAGGCAAUGAUGGAAAUGUAUUCAAUUAAGAAUUAUAAUCUUAGGGAAUUGUAUUUACAUUUUCAGUAGGACUAGCUGUUAUUAUAGUAGGAGCAUCUGGAUUAUUAAGUUCAUAUUGUCCAAACUUUUGUAUCAUUUUUAUUUAUUCUUGCUUUAUCAUUUUUAUUGGAGUUUUGACAGCCUAUAUUACAAUCUCAUUAACUAUUUUAAAAAAUUAAUUGUUAAGUAAUAUAUUUGAUUGUAAAACAUCUUAAUUACCAAAUGCUUAAAAAACAAAGGAGUAAAUAAUAUGGGCAGAAACUCAAUUUUGUAAAUAUGAUUGUAUUUGUUAUAUUGAGAAAAUAUAAGAUUGGAAUUCUGAUUAUUUGGAAAAUAAUCGCAUACAUUAUACAACUAAUAAAUAAAUAAGUGAUAUAACUUAAUAUUAAAAAUGUAAAAAAUGGAUUAAAAUUGAUGGGGCUUCAUAUACUUAUAUAGCAUAUUUAGAAGAAAAAUAUAAUUGUUCAGGAUGGUGCAAAUCUCAUCCAGUCUAUCUAUUUUCAAACAUCAAUAAUGGAAUUCCGUAUUUAUAUAUUUAAUAUAAGAAAAGAUGCUUGUUAUCCAUACUUUGAAAAAGAGUACGAAUAUUAUGUGAAUAAAUCUUAUAUAGAUUAUUUAAUAGUGGAUUUUCUCUAUUUAUUUAAUUUAUGUUUUGCCAUUUGUUAAUGCUAUUAGACAAGUAGGAAUAAAAAAUCUAGAAUAUAUCCUUAGAUUCUUUAUGAACUUGCACCAUAAUGA